CUGCGCUGACUGAUGCGUCAUUAGCUGUGCGAAAUGCAAUUAAUCCGUCCUGCGGUUGGUCUGCGUUGCGGAGGGCAAUGACAGUAUUGCCCCUGCACGGGUCUAGCGCUUCGUCUUUGUCACGGACUGAUCGAUGAUUAUUGGCAGCCAGCUCCACGGAUUUAGAUCCAGACGCGUCUGCGGGAGCUGAAAGAGAAGAGCUGGUGUGGACCAUUAAGGUGCAAACUAGUGCGGUUCAUUUCUCCAAAUAUUUGACGUGGAGAUAAGGCGGCCAGUAGCAGGCCAGGAAGUGGGUGACAAUCCUCGAGCGCAUCAUAAUGAGGGCUUUUGCCGUGACCACGACCACAAGUUCAAUAUUGACUUUUUGGAGCAUGCAGCAGCUCCGCCUUGUUCCUGGGGAGACGCGUAAUAAUGAGAUACUACAACAUAAUGCGCAAACCAAACUGCGCCUCUGCCCUCUUCCUGUAUACGCAUUCAAAGCAGAAACAGGGAGGUCUGAUGCUGCGCAAAUGGAACGGAUUGACCUAUAAAUUGGACUGCUUUUGAAUGCAAAUGGGGGGAUACUAAUUAACACCUGCGUUGUGGAUUGAAGGAGCUCGUUCGGCCUUUGAUUGAAAAGAAAUGGCACCUAUGGGUGUAUGAGAUGCGGCUUUGAACAAGGCAGCUCGUCUCUGAGCGGCAUGGGAAGGAAGGACUGAGAAAUAUCACACAAAGGCCAUCUUAAUUUCCCAAAUUAGGGGUUGUAAUGUGAGGCAGAGAGGACAGCAGAGGGCUGAGUAUUUUAGGUUGUGGAGAGCAGGCACUUAGACUGGCAUCUGGCUGGACUGGACAAGAUUUGCUUGGAAUUUACAUGUCUGCUGACCACAGACAGUCUACAGGUUUGGACCUCACCAGUGGCUCUUUGUUAUGGAGGAUGCACUGAUUAUUAUCAUUAGCAUACACUUUUGAGCAGCUUUAUCCUUCCUUCGGGUGUUAGUGUUUGAAGGAAAACAGAAGUAACAGUAUACAACUGAGGCCAUCAGUGUGCAUGUACAACAGCACUUUAUUUUAUUUUCAAGAUCCCUGUAACAGUCUGUGAUGAGUCAUAACCCUACAGAAGAAAAGAUCCUGAUAAACGUCAAUUAAAUUUUUUGAUUAAAAUUCAGCUGAAAUAAAAAAUAUCAAAUCAAAUGUUUGUUUAUUAAAAUAAUGAAUUUUCAAGGAAACUAUGCUUGGCAUAAACUGAAUGUAUAUUUGACCAGAUUCCAUUACAUCUCUCAUUUUUUUUCCAAUGGCAUGAAACAUGUAAUCAAAUUACUUUAAGUCAGCAUUUUGGGCAUAAUUUUUUUUAUUUUUAAUUUAAUCCCAGCUGUAAUCUUUGAAGAAAACAAGAAAGCAUUUCAUAUUUUGGGGAAACAAAAUAGUUUCCCCAAAAUAUGUUUUUAAAGCGUGCCAGAGAAGCCGAAUAAAAGACGUUACCCCUCGGUGGCUCAGAUGUUGGACUACUGGAGUCCAGGCUGAGUUUGGGUUAGUCGGGGUUACUUGUAAUCCUCACUGAGACCUCAAAGAAUUAACAACAUCUAGUUAGGGAUAAUGGCUGAACAUGGGCUCUUUAGACUGUUGAUUAAAGCCUAAUUAAUGAGCGCUGUCUCAUCAUUUAAAUUAAUAAAAUGAACAAAGUGUCUGGUGACUAACGUUGUUUCCAGUAAUUGGGUUGUAAGAAUACCACAGACAUCAAAUGUCCUAAAAUACAAUAUAUAUAUAUAUAUAUACAUAGUAAAUAUUAUGAAACCAAAGACUGAUGUCGUUAGAAUGAACUAAAAUUAAGCAUGAUUUUUCUUGUUAAAUAAACUGAUUUUUUUUUAGUUUAGAAUAAAGCAGGAGAAAAACUAAAUGAAGUGAUAUGGCGAACUUAUAAAGCUAACUUUAAUAAAAUAUCUGCUUGUUGGCAUUUUGGAUAUGUGCAUGACUGUGCACAUGUUUGUACUGUAUUAUUGUACUGCAGUGCCAUUCUGAAGUUAUGAACUCUCACAGUGUGACAAAUACCACACAUACAUAUAUAAUAAUGAAAUAGUGGAUAAAAAGAACAUUUUUUAAGGAUAAAACCAAAUCAGAAGCAAACCGAACUGAAAACCUGACCUUCAUCAAAAUCAGAAACAUAAACACAGGCGCACACUAACCCUGCCAAAGGCUUCUAAUGCUGAUUUACAACCAGCUGCAAUGCAGAAUCCCGACGCAGACGCACAUUUUUAGUAUAACUGAAAUAAACAGAACAGAUUGCAUCUAUUCGUUACCCGCUUAUUAUACCUCUGCACACUUACACGUACUUUACCUUUGCACACAUGCAGCCACGCCGAGCCCGUCUCCAGCGUGUAUGUUCGAGUAAAUGCAUUUCAAAGAUUACACCACAUGUGCACGGUGUCAUGUGCUACUGGGGCUCUGCCACUAAUUAAUAAUUUGUCUUUACUGGGCAGAUGCAACCUCUCGAGCUGCUACAAGUGGGUCUGGCAGUCAUCUGUCAUUUGCUCUUCCUGUGUGCUCCUUCAGUCUGUCUGACAUCUCUAAGCAAACACGGCCAAUACACAACCAGAGCCUGGAGCUUCUGGGCAGCCAGUGAGAGCAACCCUCUUCUAAUGUUUGUGUGACAAAAAAGGCAAGGCAAAUCCUCGCAAUGGAAUCAGAUAAUCACCAACUUGUGAAGAGCCUGCCCCAAUCCACAUCCACCCCCUGCCUCCCCCCACACACUCCCUUUCUCAUACCGGCCCCUGGAUUAACUGUCUGUUUGGCUAAUAAUUUUAAUCUGCUGGAGUGGACCAAGAAUGGGUUACAGGGGUCCGAAUAAACAUCUAAUCCCCUAGUGUCCCCUCCUCCCUCGAGGCUCUGCACUCCUUUUCCGUGGACCCCCCCCACGCACCCACCCACUCCCUUGGUUGUUAUAGACUCAAGGUGAACAUCCUGCUUGGUUUUAGACUCAGUCUUUCACCCUUUUGCUGGAUUAAAUCGGUUCUGCAGCCAUCCAGACAGAAGUUAAGCCCACCGUGUGACAAACUGCUGCCAGACUGGACCCAGGCUGACAUUGUCCAGUGGAAUGUACACAUCAGAGUGCAGUGUGUGUGUGUGUGUGUGUGUGUGUGUGCAGACAACGGUGCUACGGAGGAGAGGGCACUUCAGGUUCACAGGGUCAAGUAAUGUCUGUCUGAGGCACAUGUGUAGCUGCAUAGGACACACCAUGGGAGGACAGUAUUCCAAUUAAAGAGAAAUUAGUGUCCAGAUAAAGACAGCGACGGUCAUUUGUUUAACUUAACCAAAGAAGCUCUUCAGCACUUCAAAUAUGACAAGUUCGCUGCAAAUAAAACUCUUCUUCUCCACAGUGUUCUUCUUUUUAAGGGAAACAUCACAGAUUUCAAGUUUGGCUCUCAAAAGUAAAAACAAAAUAUAAGCGCAUAAAACACAUAAAACAGAGAUCACGUGAUUGUCUUGUCACUUUAAUACACAGUACGAAACGGAAUUUUUUUAAAAAAAAUUCUCAUUCUGGCCACAUCAAACAUAACUGAGGUGAAAUUACACCUCCGCAAUACGGAUGGCCCUCAAGUCUUAAUUGUUGCUGUUUGAAGUAUGGCCACUUAGAUAUCCUGUUUAGGAUGGGGCUGUAUUGUCGCACCUUUGUUCUGAUAAGGGUCCCUGCCCCCAUCGACAAAGUGCGAAAGACGGGGAGGACCCGCAACAAUAUAAGGGACCAGAGGAGUGUCAGAGGGACACACUCUGUAUCUCCUGCGCUACUGUGUGUGUCUGUCACACUGAAGUUUCCCCCUCUCUCUUUCGUCAUGGAUUUCCUUCGGGCUUGUGUCCUUCUCGCCGCUCUCUUCGGUCUCGUUAAGGCUUUUACGCAUCAGGAUAUGAAGGACGCACUGCUACAGAAGCUUGGGUUGGAUGAAGUUCCUAGAAUCCAUAAAAGGGAUGUGGAAAAUCUGGUGAUUCCGGCGCAUAUAAGAAAUAAGUACAUGACCAUGCUGAAGAUGCACCACAGCAGGAGGCGCAGAUCUUUGCCCAGUCUUGCGGGCAUCCUGAAAGGAAUCCCCGGCAAUGCAGAUAUUUCCGGGGAGUACGUGUACUCUGACACCACUCGGCAACGCGUGAUGUUCGACAUGGAGGCGAGGAUCCCGGAUAAUAGUGAGGUGACCAUGGCCGAGCUGAAGCUCUACCAGCGGGCUUCCCACCACAAACGCUUCACGGUGGAGAGGAAGAGCCAUCGGCCCGUCAACAACGCUAGGGUCAGCAUCUACUGGGUGGAGGUGCUGCCCAACGGAUCCAACCGGACGUCGCUGGUAGAUUCGCGGUUGAUCCCCAUUCACGAGACAGGCUGGAAGAGCUUUGAUGUCACCCAGGCGGUGCACUAUUGGUCCAAGACACAGCAGAAGACACCUAUGCACUUGGAGGUGUGGAUCGAGGGCGAGAGACCUGGCAGUUAUGCGGCAGAGAUGGCCAAGAGUGUCCGCUUUACCACCCAGCAGCAGACGGACAACACCUUGGGAAAGCCCGAGCUCGUCCUCUACACACUCAACCUCGAAGAGUACGGCUCUCGCGGUGACUGCGACAAUCAAAACAAAGACACCUGCUGCAGAGAGGAGUACUUCAUCAACUUCCGCGCACUGACAUGGACACAGUACUGGAUCAUUGAGCCGGCUGGGUACCAGGCUUUCAGGUGCACCGGCGGCUGCAAGCAGCCCAAGCGCAACUUUGGGUAUGGGGAGCGGCGGUGCACGGUGUCCGAGAGUGCGCCUUUACCCAUCAUGUACCUGGUGAAGAAAGGGGACUACACCGAGAUAGAGGUGGCUGAAUUUCCCAAUAUGAUUGUAGAAAGGUGCGCGUGCACUUUGGACAACAUCUCGAUAGUAUGAAGUCACGGGAAAGGCUCGCAAGAAUCCAGACUGGGGGCGGGGAUGUAUUAUGAGUACACGCGUGGUGUUGUUUUCAAUGAAGUGUUGAUAUAUUUAAUGGUUUCAAGAAAAGCACACCUAAUACUUUUUAUUUAAAAGGACAUUUACCCGGAGUUUCACACACACCGGGCAGUACUCCUGCCUAAACUCCGUCUACAAGCACUUUGAUAUAUUUUGUACAUUUUGAUAGUUUUUCUCUUUUUUUAUACUUGAAUUUGUGUGAGCUGCGUUGAGUCAUUCAAAUUCUGUUUGAUAUGUUAUAUUUUCCACCUGUAAAUAAUAUGAAUGAGUUUAUGUUUGGAAAAUUAAAAUAUUUUGUCUCAC